CGAGGGGAAUCGGCACGCGUAACAAUUUCCUACGAUACUUUCAGAGUUCCAUCGGCUGGCUACUUGCGGCCGACUCGUUGCCACGCGUGCAUCGAUCUUAGCGAAUGUCGAAUGCCGAUAUCAACAACGCCUUAUCUGUACCUUAUUUGUCACGCAUUUCGCAUCCAUAGACUGCGAGAUAGCCAGGAAUCUUCGACUGUUCAUCGUCGAUCGUAGUUAUCGUUGUUGUUCGCGUGACAAUCGUUCUUAGAAUAACAAUCUCGUCGAAGGUAUCCAGAAGUGUUGUUUUCAGUUAUUAUAUCAGAAUUAGUUGUGGAAACUGAGUCAUCCAAAUCGAACUAUAUAGUGCAUCUGCCACGAUAUUCCCACAAUUAUCCGCUACACGUGCUUCGAUUGUACAAGACCCUACGUUAUUGGCGACGUACGAGGAAAGUUAUCGUACAUGUAAGUUGCUCGAUAAGUAUAGAAGAAAGACGGCGGCCAUUAUCGUGGAUUAAAAACGUAGGCGGCUAGUUUGAACUUUAAUUGCUCGGCUUGUUAAUAAUCGCUGUAAAAACUGGUGACGAUAUUCUUUGGAGCAUGAAGUCCCACGAGGUUUGGGAGCGAAGCUUCGCCUUCAUCGAAAAGGAAUUGCUGCCGGAAAUGGUGCACGAUCGUUGCUUCUGCGAGCCGAAUUCCAGGGAAUUCGUCGAGUUCGACUCGGCAACGAUUCGUCUCGACGAGCUGAGUCGAAGCAGCGAGAUUUAUCGCGUGACGAUCGUGGUCAGGUUCUCCGGCGAGCCACGCAGCUUCCCGUUGUUACUGAAACUGCUUCCCGAGGAAGAGGCAGAGCACAAGAGUCCGACAGCGUUCGACGCUUACCAAAACGAAGAAAUGUUCUACUCGAAGAUGACGCUCAAGUAUGGAACCGAUUUGGUUCCAAAGUGUUACCUGUCGGAUUUAGGUCGUUACGGAAGACCGGUGAUCGUUCUCGAGGAUUUGGAGGAAGCUGGUUACACGCAGGUGGACGGUGAAUUGGACGAGGAACACUUGAAAUUGUGCGUGCAAGUUCUGGCCAAGUUUCACGCCAGAGGGUUGAGAUUGAGAGCGACAGAACCGCAGGUCUUCAGGGAAUUCGAGGCGAAAUUGCUUGAAAUUUCUCUCACGGAAGAGACUAUGUUGCAUUACGAGAAGAGAUCGACUAGAAUGCUGGAUAUUCUCGAGACGAUGCCGAACUCUGGGUUCGUAGAGAGGAUAAAACACAGAUUAAACAAGAGACCAAUGGAAAUAGUGAAAGCCAUCGCGACAGGGGUGAACGACGUCUCUACAAUAUGCCACGGCCAUUUUUCACACGAUAAUCUACUGUUCAAAUACCAGAACGGGAAACCGAUCGACGCGAAGAUGAUCGACUGGCAAACAAUGAGAUAUUGUUCGCCGGCUGUCGAUCUCGGGCCCAUUCUACUGUAUAACGUGACACAUGAAAAUGGGCCGUCGGAGGUGCAGAAAAUUUUGACGCUGUACAUCGAUACCGUCAGAUCUGAAUAUCCAGAGGUAGACAGUGAACGUUUGAGAGAAGAUGUCGUCGACAAGUUCCUCUUCGCUUGCGUCGUACUGUCAAUUUUAGACCACAUUACCGACGACGAACUUACUCGAGUUUUGUUGUUGCUAGAACAGUUGGACAAUUUCGAUUAAACGCAAAAACAGUUUUGUUAAUCCACCAGCCACAGGUUUUGCAAAAAUCGUGUUUCACUUGGUAUUAUUAGGCUGUUGAUAUUUAUGGAAAUCAAAGUGUUUUAGCAACAAUAAGGAGGUAGGUUUCAUAUUUAAAAGUGUGAAAGUUUAUUAUUACGAACAUCGAUAGAGGAUGAGACUAUAGCAGGUUUGGAAAAUUACCUGAUUUUCGCUUGCUCUUUGUUGAUUUAUGCAGGUUACUGAAAAGUGCAGCUGCCUUCUUAUUACGUUAUUCGAACAUUGGAAACCAACGUUUCCCAUCGAAACGAGUGGCUUUCACCGAUUAAUCGUUAAAACAUUGGAAGACGUCAUUUUAGCCUAUUUUGUUGUGUACAUAAAUAUGUUAUCACGUGUUCUAACUAGGCCAUAUGCAAUAUUGUGUAAAAGUCUUACAUCAUCUAGGUUACUGGUUUUAUGGUGGCAACUAAAUAUACUUGUAGGAAAAUUUCCACGCGAUCUUAUGUAAAAACGAACCUUUAGAUAUUUCCUUCGUGGUGCUGUUCGUUUAUGAUUUCUUCCGAUUGGAAAAUUUCUUCCAAUUAUCUGUAUGGAUCGUUUAAAAUGUACUAGAAGAGAAAGCAAUUUAGAUACGUGAUCAGUUUUGUAACGAUAUUAAAUAGAAUUAACGGAAUUAUAGCAGGUAAAUAAGUGCGUUUAAAAAUGAUCCGAGAUAACAAACGAAGGUCCGAUAAAAUACCAAUUAUCUGAAAUUGAUUGAUACUUUCUGCGACGACUGCUAUUUAUUGGAUAUAAUGUUUCCUAUAUGGCCGAAGUCUGUUAUACGAACGAAUAGAUCGAGUUUAGUAGAAGAAAUCGCUUGUGGCUGGAGGUUUAAUGUCUUUUUAUCUUUAGCGCGCCAUAUUUUUGUUGUUUCCUUUUAAUAGAUCUUCUUUUUUGAUAAAGACGUUUUGUAACGAAUAUUUUAGUUACAAAUUCGGCUAAUGAAACUAAUUGUUCCUUUCAGUCCAAUAUAUCGAUGAAUUUAAGAUUGUACGGCUUGUUAUCGAUAAUUUGCAAGGGAUGUGAUUGCAUACUUGCAAUUUUAGACUCAGAGAUAAUGACGAUAUUUCUAAUAUAUUAUCAGUAUGAAUUACGCAGAAAACAAUAUCUUUAAGACUCCUGAGUCAUUGGUCCGGAUAAUGAUAAUUCGUAGAUAGCGAUUACUCUGAAUUUCUAAAAUCAUUAACUUCCGUCUUUGAUCUCAUAAUUUAUCAUAGUUUAAUACGCAUAAUCGCAGUAAAAUUCAAUUCACGGUGUAAGACUUUAUGGAUUUAUCAUUUACAUAUCGACUUUAUCGUUUCUCCGAUUAAGUUGUUUCUUUCGUUGUUUUAUUUUUCUUGUUUUUUUUUUUUUGUAUUUUAUAGAGAUAAUAAAUCAGCCGUUGAUUUUAAAAGUAAA